AAAACGCAGCAGCCGGAGCUGGGGGCCUGGUCCCCGUCACAUGGCUGCAGUUUUUGGCUGGUCCGUCUCGUCUGUUGAGGGAGUUUUGCAUAUGGAAAAUGGGGAAGAUGCAGGAAGACAUUAAGGGCUGCUUGUGUUUGAACUCAGCGAUAUCACAGUACUACUUUAAAGGGAUUGCCGUGGGUUAGACACAGCAGGGAACAGAGGCCUAAUUUCUGUCCCCUUUUCCCAUUCUGCUGUCCCAUGGAGAACGGGCAAAACAGGAUUUGGUGGGGCAGCAGAUGAACCGAAGCACAGGAGCGAUUUAAAGCACAGUGCGUGAGCAAGCCUUGUACAAGAGACCAUAAGGAUUAAGGUGCCUUUGUCACCUCUGCGCAAAUGUCCCCAUAGCCUUUUCCCCACAGCUGGGGCUGCCCUGGGGAAGGCCUUGCUCCGUGCAUGCUGGCUUGGAGGUGCGGGCAUGGGGGCAGAUUUCAGGGCAGCCCUGCUGUGGGUCAGGGCUCCCUGGGAGCCCUGGGUGCACACCCAUGCUGCCAGCACUGCACAAGCUGCCAGAGACUGUUAGCCUGGUGCCCAGGUCCUUCCUGUCCCCAGGAAACCCCAGUGACAGCAAUUUCCCUGAGGCCAGCAGGUUUCCUCACACGGGCGAGGGCUCCCGGAGCUAGCAAGGUGCUUGGGGCUUCCCGAGAUGAAACCCUGCGGGGAUGCAGCGCAGAUGGCAACUCAAGAAAUUAAUUAAAGGCAGUUGCAAGUGGCAUGGGGGAAUGGGCAUCACUGCAGAGGACAUGGAUACACUCCCCAGUUAUUGCCCUGUCCUUCAAAGAAUAAAUCAGGGCACAUGCUUUCCCCUGCUUGGCCCUGAGUGCCUGCAGUACACACAGCCCAGCCCUGUCAAUGGGGUGGGCAUCCCAGCAUAACCAGUGUUGUACUGGGAUACGGGGCUGGGAGAAGCUGCACAAGGGAAGGGCAGCUCUGGCACCGAGGUGUGCAGGUCAAGGGGCUCAAUUUCAGGCCAGCAGUUAGAGGCUGAGCCAGGAAUGGGGGCUGAGACAAGGAGUACGGUCCUGUCAACCAGCUGCCGGAGAGGAGAUCAUCCUGCCACGCCUAAUCCAAGCGAGAACUCCUAAAUAAUUGCUGACCCAGCUCUAUUUGGUGCUUGUAUUCUGGGUCAUCAAGAUAAGCUCUGUUUUCCCAGAAAGCAGCUUCUCUUGCUGGUCGCAGCAGCCCCUGAGCAUCCCCUCACGCCUGUCGCCAGAGACUGCUCCUGCCUGGUCCUCCCACACCGCAUGUCUCUGCCCCCAGAUCUGCUGGGCCAUCUCCUGCUGCCUCCCUGACGUACCUUUGCCUAUUACUAAAUAUUAACUCAUCAGGUCUAAAGAGGGAGGCAAAAGCCACACACAGCACCUUCAAGGCAGCACGGCCCCAGCGUGCACGUGCCGCAUGUGCCUGGGCUAGUGUGAGUCAGUGGCAGGGCUGGGGACGCAUCCCGCAUCCCAGCGCCGGUGCUCCAGUCCAGUUUCCCCAGUAACGCAGCGUCCUCCUUUGUUGCAGGCUUGGGAGAUCAUUGAGUGUCCAUAAUCGCCUCUGCAGGAGGUGACUAGACCCAAAGAGAAGGAAACACGACGAACGUGCAAACGACCCGGGCAGAAACAGCUGUCCCAUUGGUAAUCUUUGCUGCAGAGAUGCUUUUGGAGAGCUUAGUAGGAAACUGAAAUGACUGAGGUUUCACACAUUGCUUAGGCUGAAUCCCUCUUCGGUUCCUUUUGAAGUAUCCCUGGUAUCAGCAACCACCUCCAGAGGCUGGGACGCCAGACGGGAGGAAGGACCAGCAGUGAGGGUGGUGUGCUCCUGGAGCAGCCCCUCGCAUUCCAGUCGGCCCAAGGCCAUUUCACCCCACAUCAGCGUGUCCCUCAGUGCCGGGAGGUGGGCCAGCACGCCCCCCUGCUGCAGUACACGCCUCCUCUCGCCCCUGGGACGAGAUGGCCGCCCUCAUCGCCGAGAACUUCCGCUUCCUCUCCUUGUUCUUCAAGAGCAAAGAUGUGAUGAUCUUCAAUGGUUUGGUAGCCCUGGGCACAGUUGGCAGCGAGGAGCUCUUCUCGGUUGUCGCCUUCAACUGCCCCUGCUCCCCUGCCCGCAACUACAUCUAUGGGCUGGCUGCCAUCGGCGUCCCAGCCCUGGCCCUCUUCCUCAUCGGUGUCAUCUGGAACAACCACACCUGGAACCUGGUGGCCGAGUGCCACAAGCGCGGCACCAAGAACUUCUCUGCCGCCGCCACCUUCCUCCUCUUUGGCUCCAUCAUGGGCCGGGCAGCCGUGGCGCCUGUCACCUGGUCAGUCAUCUCACUGCUGCGUGGGGAGGCUUACAUCUGCGCCCUCAGCGAGUUUGUCAGGCCGUCCUCCCUCGAAAAGUUCCCAGCUGAGUAUGGGGCCGAGAUGCUGGCCAGGUUCCCCUGUAAAGAUGCACCAGCGAACCUCACCAAGUUCAGGGAUGAGGUGACACGGAGGCUGAGAUAUGAGUCCCAGCUCUUUGGCUGGCUGCUCAUCGGCAUCGUUGCAGUCCUGGUUUUCCUCACCAAGUGCCUGAAGCACUGCUGCUCACCGCUGAGCUACCGGCAGGAGGCUUACUGGGCCCAGUACCGCUCCAAUGAGGACAAGCUCUUCCGCCGCACGGCCGAGGUCCACUCCAGGAUCCUGGCGGCCAACAACGUGAAGCACUUCUUUGGCUUCGUGGCGCUGGACAAGGAGGAGAAGGAGCUGGUGCAGGAGUUCCCAGUGGAGGGCGUCCAGCCAAGCCCCCAGUGGAAUGCCAUCACGGGUGUCUACAUCUACCGGGAGAACAAAGGCUUCCCCCUCUACAGCCGGCUCCACAAAUGGGCCAAAGGGGUGGAAGGGAAUGGGCCAAGCCCAGAGGGCCACGAAAUGCUCUUUUUAGCUUCCUAAGACAGAUGGCCCCUGGGAGCGGUUCCCCAGAGCACCUGGCAGGUCUAUCAGUAUCAGUGCACAGCUGAGGGAUUCACUGGGAAUAUCCCUCCCAGCAGGAUUACUUCUCUCAGAUGGUAAAUAGGGAUCAACAGCCUCAAGGUAGAGGCUGAUAAGCAACACACUGAGCUGGGGAACCCCUCCCUCAUCUUGUUGCUGCUCCUGGAGAGACAAGGGGAGCAAAGAGUAGGCGCACACCUUACCUCCAGGCUGCCAGUGCACCCUGCCAUCUAAUGCACCAGCAGAAACCUCAGGGAACAAGAGGUGGGCAUGACAUCUCUAAUACAUGAUUCCUGCAGUCCCACCCAUCUCCCCCAUGGCAGGGUUAGCCCCAGCCAUCCUCCUGCAUACCUACUUUUUUAUUAACAUUGGUAUCUUCUUCUGCAGUUGUGCAGUGCCUGUUAUGCAGGCAGGUCCUGAAGCACUUUAUGGGCUUCACAGCGCAGGGAAAAAGAGGGAAGCAGCUGGUAAAUUCCUGUGGGAAGGGGGAUGCAAUGGCACCUGGGGAGGAAUAGGUCAGUAACACAGCAGCACACUGAAUAACUGAGAGACUAAGGCAGGAGGAAUCGCCAAUAUUCCCGGUAUUCAGAAACUCUGUAAUUACCAAGUUGGAAUUUGGGUAGGACACCAAACUCUCUUUGUUCUUAGUGAAGUGCCUGGCAAUUUCUAAUAAGCCCAUACAGUCGCAACCGUGAGUUUAUAAACCUGGAAGAUGGCAUCAUCAGCAGAAUAGCUUUCGGACAAGGUGGCGAGGUGGAGGCUGAGAGGAAGCAGUACCUGCAGUAAGCCACACUGCUGUCUGCAGCUCAUUGGGACUCUCAUCUGAUGGUUGGAUGAGAAGUGCACUUGUUUGGAUUAUGAGUUGCAGCAAGGCCUCAACCAGAAUUAAUUUUACAUACAUGUAUAUAUAUAGUGUAUAUACUACAUAGUUACAGUUAGUUAGCUGUCUUAUGGAGCAUCUGUCUUCUAGGGAAAGGGGACAAGAAACUUGCCAGCCACACCACCGCGUUACAUGCGGCCAUCUGCUGCACUGGGACUGCAGCUCUGCAGCGACGAGGGACAGGGGGUCCUGGAUGGAGAGAGCAGCCCUCUCCCUACCCUUCUACCACCAAACUUCCUUAAACUCUUACCGCUGCCUUAAAUGGUCCUUGCAGCAGACUAUCUCCUUUAUGGACUGAACUGUACUCUGAGAAAGCAAAGCCAGAGAAGUGUAAAAUUACUGCCCUCACCGCGACGCUGCGCUGACUAUGGCUUCAGGACUGCUCUUCUGGCACUGCGCAGUCCCUUUUUUCCCCCCCGAGGGUCAGCCUUACGUACCCAACGCUGUUUCAGGAGUUGGAAGGACAAUGGAGUUUGUUUUUCCUACUUUUACUGUUUCUUUACAGGUACAACUUCCUUUUACACUGUGCCAUUUACCAAAAAGCCUUAAAUUCUGCAAAAAAUGACUCAAACCCACAGAACUCAGAGGGGCUUACACACAAGGAGAUUUGAAAUUAUUAAAUGAGAGUUAUUUUUCAUUGCCUACUGAGUUGUGGUUUUUUUUUCAGGGAGACACAAAAGGCAUAUUUUAACAUUCUCUUUGAACCCAAUGACUGAGAAUGUUUUUUUUUUUCUAUUAAACUUUCAAAUCCUCCUCUAACCAGAUGACCCCA